AUCAACGUUGCGACGACGACGGCCUUCCUUUGCGAAUAACCCGGGCUCCUUGACCUACCGAUAUAAUCAUCUACAGCCUAGUUAUUAGACAGGAAAAAAUACUUGGUAUUUACGCGACUGAAAGGAGUUCACGCUCAAGAUGUCGGUGAUGCUCACGAAGUUCGAGUCCAAGAGCAAUCGCGUUAAAGGACUUGCUUUUCAUCCGACUCAACCACUGCUUGCCGCCGCACUUCACAAUGGAAGUGUUCAGCUCUGGAAUUACCGAAUGGGCGUAUUAGUGGAUCGAUUCGAAGAACACGAGGGACCUGUGCGGGGUGUCGCAAUUCAUCCGAGUCGAGCACUACUGGUUACUGGAGGCGACGACUACAAGAUCAAAGUAUGGGACCUGAAACCUCAGAGCAGAAGGUGUCUAUUCACUCUGCACGGUCAUCUCGACUAUGUCCGAACCGUUCAGUUCCACCACGAAAUGCCAUGGAUUUUGUCGGCGUCCGAUGAUCAGACUAUUCGGAUAUGGAACAGCACCUCGCGGCAUUGUGUCGCAAUUUUGACAGGGCACUCUCAUUAUGUUAUGUCCGCACAAUUCCACCCAAAAGACGAUCUCAUCGUCUCAACGUCGAUGGACCAAACCGUACGAGUUUGGGACAUCUCCGGCCUGCGCAAGAAUACACCAAACAAUGGCCCCAACAACUUUGAGACGUUUGACACGUUCUCCACGGUCAAGUACGUGCUGGAAGGCCAUGAUCGUGGUGUAAACUGGGCUUCGUUCCACCCCACGCUACCGUUGAUCGUGUCCGCAGCCGAUGAUCGGACGAUCAAGAUUUGGCGAAUGAGCGAGACCCGGGCGUGGGAGGUUGAUUCAUGCAGAGGUCACUUCAACAGCGUGUCAAGUGCGAUAUUCCACCCAAAGCACGAGUUGAUCGUGUCUUGCGCAGAGGACAAGACUGUCCGAGUUUGGGAUCUGGCCAAGCGGACGGCAAUCCAGACGUUCAGGCGGGAGAACGACAGGUUCUGGAUAUUGGCUGCACACCCAAACCUCAAUUUGUUUGCAGCAGGACAUGAUGGUGGUCUGAUUGUGUUCAAGCUCGAGCGCGAACGACCCGCGUUUACCGUGCACGGGGAUAUGCUUUACUACAUCCGUGACAAGUAUGUGCGCACUUACGACUUCAACUCGGGUUCAGACAUCGGCUUGCUGAGCGUAAGGAAGUUCGGAAGCCCGUAUGUUCCUCCGCGUACCGUGAGCUACAACCCUGCCGAACGCGCUGUUGUGGUCACCAUUUCGUCGGAUAACGGGUUGUUUGAGCUUUCUUCACUGCCGACGCAGUCCAAUGGCGAGGUUAAAGACUCAUCUGCAGAUGGAAAGCGCGGCUCGGCUCACAGCGCAAUCUUUGUUGCAAGAAAUCGGUUUGCAGUGCUCAACAAAACCUCCCAGCUCAUUGAAGUCCGCGACUUGUCGAAUUCAGUCGUAAAAACCAUCAAACCCCCAGCCCAGACUAAUGAAAUUUUCUACGGUGGUACAGCCUGCCUAAUUCUCAGUUCAACAACUACCGUUGUGUUGUAUGAUAUCCAACAGCAGAAAACGAUCGCAGAGUUGAACAGCCCACCUGUUAAAUAUGUCGUUUGGAACGCAGAUGGGUCACUGGUCGCGUUGAUGAGCAAACACACAAUUACUAUCGCCAACAAAAAUUUCUCGCAAAACAGCCUUAUCCAUGAGACGAUACGGAUCAAGUCCGGGGCUUGGGAUGACACAGGCGUUUUUAUCUACUCUACGCUCAACCAUAUCAAGUACUGCUUGCCUCAAGGUGACCAUGGCGUCAUCUGUACACUCGACAAUCCUGUCUACCUUACCCGUGUCAAGGGUAAAACCGCUCAUUGCCUGGACCGAUCUGCACGCCCACGCACUAUCACGUUCGACCCGACUGAGUACCGCUUCAAACUCGCGCUCCUGCGCAAUAACUACGACGAGAUGCUCCAUAUCAUCCGCACAUCGACAUUGCUUGGGCAGAGCAUCAUUGCGUAUCUUCAGCAAAAGGGCUUCCCGGAGAUUGCACUACACUUUGUGCAAGACAAGAACACCAGAUUUGAUCUUGCAAUCGAGUGUGGAAACUUGGAUGUCGCACUCGAGACUGCAAGAGCGAUCGACCGGCCUGAGUGUUGGGACCGUCUAGCGCAACAAGCCUUGAAGCAGGGCAACCACAAGAUUGUCGAAAAGGCCUAUCAGCAAACUAAGAACUUCGACCGCCUGUCGUUUUUGUAUCUCGCCACAGGCAGUACAGAAAAGCUUUCCAAAAUGCAGAAAAUUGCAGACGCACGAGGUAACCCCAUGUCGCGCUUCCACAAUGCGCUUUAUGCCGGCGAUGUCCUUGGACGUAUUACUGUUUUGCGCGAAGUCGGGCUUCACCCCCUGGCAUAUCUCACAGCGAAGACGAAUGGUUUGGAGGAAGAAGCAGCUGAAAUCCUCGAGGCAGCUGGCCUUACCGAGGCCGACGUGGACGAUGUCCCUGCAUUUGGAAAGUGUACCCUCCAAACCCCGCCUGUUGUCACUCCUACAUCCAACCUUAAUUGGCCAUCUAUUUCCAUGGGAGAAUCUUUCUUUGACCGUGCGCUCGCCAACGGUCAUCUUGAUGGGGACAGUGAUAUACCUCACAUCAAUGGCAAUGGCUUGGACUCAGGUGCAGGCGCCUCUACCGCCCUAGAUGAGUGGGCGAAGGAUGAGGAACCAGAUGUAGAGGAAGACGGAUGGGAGCUUGACGCAGAGGCGGAAGAUGAUGAGGAGAAAGAUGUAGAUGAAGAGUUUGAGGAUGCCCUUGAAGAGGAGGACCUUGGGGCCGGCGCUGCACCUGGUGUGAGCGAGAACGAACUUUGGGUCCGGAACUCGCCGUUCGCAGCCGAACAUGUUGCAGCAGGAUCAUUCGACACCGCCAUGCAGCUUCUCAACCGACAGCUGGGCGUUGUGAACUUUGCACUCUUGAAGCCAUCGUUCUUGUCUAUCUACCGUUCAUCACACGUCUACGUAUCCCCAAUCGCUUCGUUGCCGCCAUUGCAAUUGCAUAUUCGGAGGAACCCCGAGGAGACCUCACCUGGACGGGUACUUCCUGUUGCUGCUCGUACGCUUUCUUCGAUCCGCACAGAACUGUCGGAGGGAUACCGCUUCGUUUCCGGAAACAAGUUGUCAGAGGCUCAGGCAACAUUCCGGUCGGUGUUGCUAGCAUUGCUACUUAUGGUUGUCUCAUCAGAUAAUGAGGCCAAAGAAUGGCGAGACACUGUGACAGCUGCCCGAGAGUAUCUCCUCGGCGUUUCCAUUGAGCUUGAGCGGCGACGUAUCGCACAGGCUGAACCUGACAAUAUUCGCCGGAACCUUGAACUCGCCGCAUAUUUCACGCACUGUCAGUUACAGCCACAACACAUGCAGAUCGCACUACGGAGCGCUAUCGGUGUGUUUGCCAAAGCCAACAACCAUGCAACCGCUGCCAAACUGGCACGUCGCCUUCUUGACCUUAAUCCCGAUCCCAAAAUUGUUGCACAGGCUCGUCAACGCAUCGCAGCAGGGGAUCGCAAUCCCCGGAACACAGUUGAGGUCUCGUAUGAUGAGUUCACAGAGUUUGAGAUCUGUGCAGCCACAUACACCCCCAUCUACAAAGGCUCGCCAUCUGGCCGCUGUCCAUAUACCGAUGCGGCGUUCCUGCCUGAGUUCAAAGGCAAGUUAGACCCAUUGAUAGAGCUGACUGAGAUUGGGGCAACUGCGAGUGGGCUGCCUGCACCACGGUAGAAUGUUAUUAGAUGUGGAUGGACAAUACUGCCAAUUAGGCCUUAGGAAUAAUUGAAUCUUUGCAUGCUUUUUUUUUUGUUUUGACAAUUAUUCUGACAUCAGCUAAAUACUGGGAUGUCAUAAAUGCGUUGUCAUUGACACG